AUGCUCUUCUACGUGUUCUUCGCACUGAUGCUUCUCAACGCCGUCACUGAAGGCUACAAGGGUUGUAUUGACCGUGCUGGUUGGCACCUAUGCGAAGUGAUCAAGAAGGCUGGUUGGUGUACGAGCACAGAUGCGGAACUGGUCUCUGCGGCGUCGCUCUACUGUCACGAAACAUGUGACUUCUGUAGUUGGACCAAUUAG